AUGACUGAGGCAUCGAGAUGCUCAGUUCCAAAUUCUGUGGAAGUAAUGAAAAUAGAGGAUUUCCUACCAAAUAAACCACCCCUUACCAUACCGAAAUCGGUCAGGACCAUUUAUCUCAGUACGAUGUCAAAUGCAAUUCACUUGCCAAAGACAGUGAUCAAUAUCAUAAAGAAGAGCGAUCGAGGCUGGAUUGGUUGCAAAAUCAGAAAGUUGGAUCAAUCUCAUUACAUUAUCUUUGGCGAAACUAAAGACGAUAAAUUUGUUGCUUCAAUCUACAAAGAAUCAAUGGAUCUAAAUUUGAUAUUUAAAACAAAUAAAUAA